UUUGUUUCCAACCCCAAAUGGCGCCCAAAGCAGAGAAGAAGCCAGCCGAGAAGGCCCCGGCAGAGAAGGCUCCCGCCGAGAAGAAGCCCAUGGCCGGCAAGAAGCUCCCCAAGGAAGCCGGAGCGGCCGCCGGAGACAAGAAGAAGAAGAGGAACACGAAAAGCGUGGAGACCUACAAGAUCUACAUUUUCAAGGUCCUCAAGCAGGUCCACCCAGACAUUGGGAUCUCCAGCAAGGCCAUGGGUAUCAUGAACAGCUUCAUCAAUGACAUCUUCGAGAAGCUCGCUCAGGAGUCUUCCAGGCUUGCGAGGUACAAUAAGAAGCCGACGAUUACUUCUCGGGAGAUCCAGACUGCUGUCAGGCUUGUGCUUCCUGGUGAAUUGGCCAAGCACGCCGUUUCGGAAGGGACCAAGGCUGUGACCAAGUUCACAAGCUCUUGA